AUGGCGUUUGCUGAGACAAAUGUCAGUUUGUCCCAGCCGGAUAUAACGCAAAAACUGACGGUGCGUAUAGAUGAUCUGAAGCAGAGAAUCGCUGCUUGGGGAAAGCGGAUUCGGCAAUAUACCGAGAGGUCGACACGGUUCAACCAAAAUCGUCUCUUCCAGAGUGAUCAGAAGAGGCUCUAUGAAUCAUUGGAGCAACCAAUGGUAAGUGGAACGGGCCCAGCAGCGAAUCAGGCUGACACUGUAGCAUUCUGGCGCGGCCUGUGGUCAGAGCCCGCAAACCACAGCGAGGGCCCUUAG